AGAAUCUUCAAGCGCUGCUCGGCUCGGCGGCAGGCCAGGAGGGGAGGGUCCGGCCUUUUCCCGCAGGCGUCCAUUGGCGGCUUCCCCAGGCCUCCGCGCCAUGCCGCCCGCCGUGUGAGCCGCCGCGGGCUCCGGAGCUCGCAGGUGCCAGCGGGCACUCCAGGGGAGGGGGCUCUGCAUUCGCCAUGCUUCGAGGGCCCCGGGCCCUGGCUCCGGCCGCUGGACCACCCCUGAAGGGGCUACCUGCGAUGAGCCCCACCGAGCUGUGGCCUCCCGGCCUCGGCAGCCCCCAGCUCUACCCGGUCACCACUACCUACUACACCCCGCUGUACCCACAGAUUGUGCCUCCCGCUGCAGCGCCCGGCACCUGCCUGGACGCCACCCCCCACGGACCGGAGGGCCAAGCUGUGCGAUGCGUGCCGGCUGGGCGGCUGCCGGCCAAAAGGAAGCUGGACCUGGAGGGGAUCGGGAGGCCUGCGGUUCUGGAAUUUCGGACUCCCAAGGGGAAGUGCAUUAGAGUGGAUGGCCUCCCCAGCCCCCAAACCCCCAAGUCCCCCGGGGAGAAGACUCGGUAUGAUACGUCGCUGGGGCUGCUCACCAAGAAGUUCAUUUACCUCCUGAGAGAGUCCAAGGAUGGGGUCCUGGACCUGAACUGGGCUGCCGAGGUGCUAGAUGUGCAGAAGCGGCGCAUCUAUGACAUCACCAAUGUGCUAGAGGGCAUCCAGCUCAUCCGGAAGAAGGCCAAGAACAACAUCCAGUGGGUAAGCAGGGGAAUGUUUGAAGACCCCACCCGGCCUGGGAAGCAGCAGCAGCUGGGGCAGGAGCUGAAGGAGCUGAUGAGCAUGGAGCAGGCCUUGGACGAGCUCAUCCAGAGCUGCUCUCUGAACUUCACACAACUGACCGAGGACAAGGCCAACAAGAGACUGGCCUAUGUGACUUACCAGGACAUCCGUGCUGUCAGCAACUUUAAGGAGCAGACAGUGAUCGCUGUCAAGGCCCCUCCACAGACAAGACUGGAAGUGCCCGACGGGAGCGAGGAGAACCUGCAGUUACAUCUGAAGAGCACGCAAGGGCCCAUUGAAGUCUACCUGUGCCAGGAGGAGGUGCAGGAACCAGACAGUCCUGCCAAGGAACACCUCCCCUCCACCUCCACCCUCAGCCCUAGCCCUGACUUCACUCAGCCCAGCAGCAGCACCAACCCUGGGAUCCUGGAAGCCACAGCAUCCCCAGCACCAGCGCUGACUUCCCACCAGAUCCUGUCGCCGCCACCAUCCCUUGUUCCUCUAGAGGCCACUGACAGCAUGCUGGAGCUGCCAUACCCACUUCUGCAGCAGACCGAGGACCAGUUCCUGUCCCCAACACUGCCAAGCAGCUCCCCUCUGAUCAGCUUCUCUCCACCCUUGGAUCAAGAUGACUACCUGUGGGGCCUGGAAGGGGGCGAGGGCAUCAGUGACCUCUUUGACUCCUAUGACCUCGGGGAUCUGCUGAUUAAUUGAGUAACCUUGCCUGCCCCCAGCAGUGCCACCCCUGUUUCUACCUCCUCACAGACAGGCCCUCUGCCUGCACAGGGACUUUGGACACGAGAUGCUGCCAUCAGGGUACAGGGGUCUCCUUUCCUACCCCGUCGCAAGCCGAACCUACCUGGGGGGUUUGUGGAGGGUGCAGGUGAAGAGCAUAUCAGGGGUUGGGUCCCGUCCUUCCUAGUGGAAGCCGAGCCUGGAAAGACCCAUUCUGUCUUCUGACCUCUGACCUCGCAUGUGAAGGGCCACAGGUGAGGCGACCAGAUUCAGGGAAAGGCCCUACCACUGCCUUUUUGAGGGGUAAUGAGGACCCUCAAUUUAUCGAGAAGCACUUAAUACCUUUGUAUUUAUUUCAGGUUGAGUUCUGUUGGUGUGUCUUCCCUGAGUUUUAGCAGGGAGAUUGUUCUAGUUUCUAGUAAGACUUGUCCUCAGACAGGCCCAGCACUGUUUGCUGUCCAAGGGCAGCCCUAGGCUUCCAGGGACCGAGGCCGAGUCCCUGAUCCCUGCAGCAGUGGGGUCUGGGUCUCUGAGGACCCGUCCAGUCUUCUGGAAUGCUUAUUGCACUUAGGCCUCCUAAUUCUAGUAAGCUGUAGCUGAGGCUCCAGCCUUGGAUUUUUGGUCUCCUCUGUCCCGGAGAUGGUUCAAGGGGGCCAUCCAAGCACAGGUGGUACUGAGGCUCCUGAGGAAACAGGAGCGGCUUUUAAGGAGACCCCCUCCCUGUAGAAUUCCUUAUCUCCAUCCCUUAGAAUAUAUGAAAAAAAAAAAAAGUCCUCCAGGGAGUUGGCAGAGAAGAGCUCCUGGGGAAACUCGGAUAGGAAUGUGGGAGCAGCUGUGAUGGCUACCACAGGCACCUUUCCUCCGUUUUUGCCUCUCGCUGGGACAGGAGCGGUUCUACACUGGGGACCUGGGAGGCAGAGGCAGCUGCACCGUAGAACAGGGUGAGAUUAAGACAAGAAACUGCCUGAACUCACCCCUCUGACAGCUGCUGGUAUUCGCUACAUCUGGAAGGCUUUUUUGUCCCCCUUGUAGAAAGGGGUGAUUCUUUAAGGACUUCCCCUUCGCCUCAGCUCUCACCCAGACCCCCAGGGACAGAGGUGACCCAGAUUUGAUGGCCUGUUGGUUCCUUUUGUCAUAGGAAUGCUAAAGGGGUGACAGGGUCUUCAUUAUAGAAUAGACUUUGGCAGCUAAUAGUGAGAUGGGCUCAUGUUACCUCUUUAGGCCUGGGGUCCCGAGAUUGUCUUUUGGCCUCAUCCCUUCCAGAGGCUUGACCACCCCACAUUGUCCCUUUAACCCAGCUGGGUGUGCGUGUUGGGGGGAGGGAGUCAGCUCUAUUCCCCAGCACAUCCUUGGGUGAGGGUGCUCUGGGCUUCAUGAACCAAGGCUGUGCCUUCUGGAGAGAGGCAGCCAUGGGCGGGGGUCCAAGAGGCCCGCCACCCACCCUCAGGGAGCUAGGUUUCCUCAGGGGCUCAACUGGGCAGCACUUUUUUUUUUUUUAAGUUGGUAGCAUUAAGUUCAUUUAAAACAUGAAUUUGGCCUUUUGGGAUUGCUCUUGAGUUGUUCUGUUGGGAUCUGAAGUUUGGGAGGUGGGCUUCUUUGGGGAUGGAGUCUGAUGUGAGCUAAUGUCUAGCUAGAGUCUGUCGUGCCUUGUCAUUUGCUCUCUCAGGAUGGUCAGCGGGUCACAGGUCCCCAGCUCUACAAACAGGGCUCAUUUUGUAUGAUUCACAGAAAUGCCUUUGGCUUACCCUCUGCAGCUCCACGUGGUUUGGAAGCCCAGCGGGCCCUAGGGCGGGAGAAGGGGUGCUGCCUGGACCCUGGUUUGGGGCCUGUGGGGCUGGAGAUGGUGUUGCUGUUCCGAGGUCUCUGCUAGGCUGCCGUGGGGCCACUCACCUGUCUCUGAGGACAGAGAUGUUUGACUUCUAUGCUUCAGGCUCUGUCUAGAGUCUUCUCCUAGAAUUAAAUCAGAGAAAAGAAAGAAGGGGCUUGCAGGACCCACUGGGAAUGAAUUUAUUGGUAAAGUCUGGCCAGAAUUCAAGCUCAUUCUCCAAAUACCCAGCCGUGGGGUUGGACAGAGGGUCGCCCCUUGGGCCCACGACCUGUAUCCUGAGUAGCUGCCCUUGCCCGCUUCUGUGCUGUCCACGCCACACCCUACCCGGCCCGGGGGCUGAACCAACCCAAGCCAAGCCUCAGGCUCUGGGUGGGAUACACAUUUGAGACUCUUUCUUGCCAGUGACACUUGAAACCUCCCAAGUUCCAUCAGAUGCCUUAAGAAGGUCUUUUGAGGAGUAUUUCUUUUAGAGGCCAGAUAAACUUUAAAACUAGGGCAGAAGAAAAGCCAGUUUCUGAGGCACAUUCUGCCAGCAAAUUCCCCAGCCCCACCAGCAGCCCGCAGGUCAUCCGUGUCCCCAGAGGCAUCAAAGGUGAUGGGGUGGGGGGUGCUCCAGGGAACCCAGUAGCGUAAAAUUGUUGAGUAGUGUUGCAGAUUUUAAGAGAUUUCUUAAAGCCAGGGACAUGCUCCUGUGUCCCUCCUGUUGAAAGUGUUAGCUAGACUGGAGUGAGUUCCCUUCUCCACUGCAGGGCUAAUCUGACUAGCAUGGCUGCAGGGAAGAAGGGGGCGACGGUGAAGCUUGUAAAGCUGGCUCUAGGUUGGUUUUGGCUUUCUUUUCUCUCCCCAAGUGUUUUCAGCAUCAGUUCUGCACAGCGUUUAGAGUUUUUAGUGAAAGAGUUUGGAUAUCCUUGUGUCCGAGUUGUGUGGCUUACAGCAUUUGAAGUGAAGGCCUUUGGGGGUUGUUUGCAAGCAGCUUUCUGGUUCUCAUCACUGUGUCCCAAGGUCCCCACGUCAUCCUGGGACACUGUUCUCUCAUGAGGACCCUCACUGACCAGAAGCCCAGCCAGCCUGCUGGCUCCUUAGUAAAGAAGCCUUGUAUUUGGCACAUGUGUCUCUCGGGUAAGGGAGCCCAAGGGAACCUAGACUCUACAGGUCACUUACCUCCUGCCUGGUUUCUCCUGGGUCCUACCUUGAUGAGUACCACAUAAACCUCCUUGUGUUGUGAUAAUUGGGCAUUAAACAACAACUCUGGGUACCUUG